AUGGAGCGACAAACCCGUCGACGUCGGAGACCCGCUCUGUCAUGUCUCGAAUGCAGACGCCGAAAGAUCAAGUGUGAUCGCGAUGAGCCUUGUGGGCAUUGCACUGCAUCGAAACUCCGAUGCACCUACCGAGUAUUCGGAAGUGAACUGACAGCUCGGCCGCCGGUGCAACAAGCUGAUCAGGCAAUGCAGUCGACUCACAUGAUAUCGCCCCUGUCACAGGCUCCGACUAUCUUUCCGGCACAUGAGUCUACAAACGAUGUCAAUCCAAUUUCUGAGCCUGUAUCGAUGCAAUUCAGUCGUCGAGAGCAGAGUGUUGGCGAUGAGGUUAGCGAGAAUGUGGUCGUAUCGGGAAACAUGGCUCAAGCUCUAGUCGCCGAGCCCGCUCUUCGGGAUCUCCUACACCGCAUCCAGAGAUUAGAGCAAGCAUCUACCGGCACGGCACAACGAAGCGGAUCUGAGAUUCCCCAGAAUAUGAUGGGGAAGGAUACAGACUCACACGUGGUGUUGAAGAAGCCGAGAGUAUGGCGAUGGAGUGACUGGAUGGGUGAAGCCUCCGAGUUUGACAGAUUGCUGGACUGCUACAAAAAUUAUGUGAAGGCUGCUGCAAACGAGAGUCAUGCUCCAUUCCCAGAUGCCGAGACUGAGGCCAUGGCCAUAGAGGCCGGGACUUUACUUCGGAACUGCAAAGACCUGGCGAGGAGUAUUAAAAGUUGGCAGCCCAGCAGAAGUUUUGGCAACUCUGGAGUCAACCUUGCGGCCCCAUCUCGCGGGGUGGCUGAUGUAAUGGUAGGCCAUUACCUGGAUUCAUUCGAAUCAACUUACCGCAUAUUACACAAGCCGACCUUCAGAGCGGAGUAUCAGCGGUUUUGGGACGAUCCAGCAAGUGUCAAAAACGAUGCCCGCCUCAAAAUACUCCUCGCCAUUGCGAUUGGAUCAAGUCUACAUGACCCUGAAGAAGUCGAACCAGGAUUUAAACGCCUGGCUCAUCAAUGGAUAUACGCUGCUCAGGCCUGGCUUUCCGGCCCUCUGAAAAAGGAUCGCUUGGGUAUCAACGGCGUCCAGAUUCACUGCUUGACUAUCUUGGCACGGCAUAUCUUCUCGAUUGGAGGCGAUCUAGUGUGGAUUUACACGGGAACGCUACUCCAUACGGCCAUGCAAAUUGGCUUGCACCGUGAUCCAAUCAAUUUAUCGCCAAUGUCGACAUUGCAAGCAGAGAUACGAAGGAGGCUCUGGUCGACCAUCUUGGAGUUGGUUAUCCAGUCAUCCUUAGACGCAGCGAUGCCUCCCAGGAUCUCUUUCGAUGAGUUUGAUAGUCGACCGCCUGCAAAUGUCAACGACGACGAACUAGAAGAGUCACAGACGGAGCUACAAUCACACCUCAGGAGCACUUACACGGAUAUGUCACUACAUCUACAGCUUAGGGACUCUCUCAUGAGCCGACUUCGAGUUGCUCAGCUGCUCAACGGAAUUCACCAUGAGCUAUCUUACCACGUCGCACUAGAGUUGAGCGCAGAGAUUACCCAUGCCUGCAGAACCAACAUCCACUUUGUAAGGCAGCACGAGCGAUCCGGAGUCUCGGUGUUCCACCGAAACCUGCUCGAUUUCCUUGUGCGUCGCUUCCUGAUUCCCUUGCACUGCCCGUUCGCGAGCCAAGCGCAGACGAAUCCCCUGUUCCAAUACUCGACGAAAGUUACCCUAGAUGCAACAAUUACGAUUCUUUCACCUGAGCCGGACGAUAAGUUUUCUCGUCUGUUCAGAAUCGCGGGGGGAAUGUUCCGCGAAGGCUACAGGUACGCCCUUGCUACCGUCAGCCACGAGUUCAUCGCUCAAGCAGAAGCCCAGCAUCGCGAUGGAACGCUUCAACGCAACGUCCAACAAAGACAGUUUCUGAAGAAAACAAUGAUGGAGUUGAUAGAGAUAGCGGCAGAGAGAGUAAGGUUCGGGGGCGAGACAAACAUCAAGGGUCACAUGUUUCUUAAAAUGAUUGUGGCGCAAAUCGAAGCCAUGGAAAUGGGCAUUCCGGGAGAUUUGGAAAUUGCAAAGAGCGCCAAAGAAAGUCUAGAAUACUGCCACACCUUGCUUGAGGAGCAAGCAAGCACUGUGACGCCAUGCUCGACGGCCGAGGCAGGCUUUGGAUCUUCUGGACUUGAACACGAACAGGGAGGCUUUGGUUUUGAUUGGGAUUUGGACUUUUUUCUUCCCGAAGGAGAUUUUUAG